AUGGGCGUCAACGCUCGCAGGGGUCUACUCAUCCUGGGCAUCCCGGAGGACUGUGAUGAUGCCGAAUUCCAAGAGUCCCUUGAGGCUGCCCUGUGGCCUAUGGGACGCUUAACGGUGCUAGGCAAAGUGUUUCGAGAGGAGGAUAAUGUCAUCACGGCCCUGGUCAGGCUCGAAGGGGACGUCAGCUAUGCUUUGGUCCCCAGGGAAGUCCCUGGCACUGGGGGCCCGUGGAACGCGGUCUGUGUGCCCCGUUGCUCAGGCGAGGAGUUUCUUGGUCGUGUGUUCCACUUCCCGCAGCGACAGGGGCAGAUGGUGGAGAGUGUGGCGGGUGCCCUGGCCCUGGGUGUGGGGCUAUGCAGGGUGUGCUGGCUCCGACCUGUCAGUCAGGCGGUCCAGCCCUGGGUGGAGACCCUGAGGUCCCAGAGCCUGGGCGUGUUUUCUGGAAGGGACCAGGCAGCCCCCGGGAAGGAGUCCUUUGAGGUCUGGUUAGACCAAACCACCGACAUGCUGCACGUGUGGCAGGGGGUCUUGGAAAGGGAGAGGAGGAGGAGGCUGCUGGAAGGCUUGCGUGGGACCGAACUGCAGCUUGUGCACACACUCCUGGCAGAGAACCCCACCAGGUCGGCGGCUCAGGACUGUCUGACGGCCCUGGUCCAGGUGUUUGGAGACAAUGAGCCCCACCCCCUGCCCCCAAUCAGCUGGGCGAAGUGUCUGACCGCUCCACAGUCAGGCCAGCCUGUCCUGGCUGUCACCUUGUGGCUGGAAGUUCUCCUGCAGAAGGCCAUGGAGAGGGGGGCCCUGGCCAGAGCAUCUGCUGACCGUGUGCGCCUGAGGCAGAUGCUCACCAGAGCCAGCCUUACUGAGCCUCUGGAUAAAGCACUGAGGAAGCUGAGAAUGGCCGGGAGGUCUCCAAGUUUCCUGGAGAUGCCAGGGCUCGUUCGGGAGUCUGAGGCAUGGGAGGCCAGUCUAGACAGGAGCAUGAGAGCCCAGACACAGGAAUGGGUGGGUGCCUGGGCUGGUGCCUAGGCUGGUGCCAGAGCCAGCACUAAAGUGGAGGGUGAAAAGGCGGCCCCAAGAGGUCCUGGCUGGGGGCUAGCGGGCUUCGUCCAGACAGGAGGCCAGGAGGUGAAGGACCCCCUCCAAGAGGGGCUCAAGCCCAUCCUGGAGGAGUCAGAUAACUAG